AUGGACACACAACGGGCGAAGAACAGACUGUGUGGGAAAUGGCAUGUAGUGUAUCGUUUUGCGUUGUUCACUUGUUUCUUGGAUGCAGUGUGGGGACAGAUACGCUACUCCAUCCCAGAGGAACUGGAGCAUGGAGCUUUUGUUGGCAACAUUGCAGAGGACCUUGGAUUGGAUUUGGACAAGCUCUCUGCGCGCAGAUUCCGGAUAGUCUCCGGUGCCAAGAAGCAAUAUGUGGAGGUAAAUUUGGAGAAUGGAGUUUUAUUUGUCAAUGAGAGAAUUGAUCGUGAAGAACUAUGUGAGCAGAGUUUAUCCUGUUCUUUUCACUUGCAAGUAGUGAUAGAAAACCCUCUGGAGCUGUACAGGGUGGAGAUGGAGAUUCUGGACGUGAAUGAUAACUCUCCUAGUUUCCCGUGGAGCGAGUUUAAUCUGGACAUAUCGGAGUCCGCUGCGCCAGGAUCCCGUUUCCCACUUGAGAGCGCGCAGGACUUGGAUGUGGGCUCCAACUCGCUCCGCACCUAUUUGCUGAGUGUAAACGAGCAUUUCUUCUUGGACAUACAGACGCGCAGUGACGGCAGCAAAUUUGCAGAACUCGUCCUGCAAAACCCGCUGGACAGGGAGCAGCAGAGUGCGCAUCAGAUGGUGCUGACGGCGGUGGAUGGAGGCUCACCGGAGAGAUCAGGCACUGCGCAAAUUGAUAUCACCGUGUUGGAUGCGAACGAUAACGCGCCCGUGUUUGAUCAGUCGUUCUACAGAGUGAGGCUGGCUGAAAACGCACCCAAAGGCACCGUGGUCAUAAAACUCAACGCGUCCGACUUAGACGAGGGUCCCAAUGCUGACAUCACCUACUCCUUCAGCGGCCACGCUCCCAUUAAAGUGCGCCAGCUCUUCAGCGUGGACUCGCACACGGGAGAAAUCAAAGUCAAAGGAGUGAUAGAUUACGAAAAAGCCAGGAUGCAUGAAAUUUAUGUCCAGGCUAAAGAUAAAGGCCCCUCUGCUGUGGCGGUGCACUGCAAAGUGUUGGUGAACGUUUUGGAUAAAAAUGACAACCUUCCAGAGGUGAUAUUGACAUCGGUGUCCACUCCUGUGCAGGAGGACGCGCCCCCUGGGACGGUGAUAGCAGUCAUCAGCGUGAUGGACAAGGACUCAGGUGAGAACGGGAACGUGGACUGUGAGAUCCCACAUCAGAUCCCAUUCCAGCUCCACUCGUCCUUUAAGAACUACUACACAUUAGUAACUUGUGAUUUUCUGGACAGAGAGGCAGUGGCAGAGUACAACAUCACCCUGACCGCAAGAGAUAUGGGCUCUCCACCUUUAUUCACCAGAAAAACUAUCCUAGUCCAGGUGUCUGACGUGAACGAUAACGCGCCUCACUUCAAACAGCCUUCAUACACUGUGUAUCUAACCGAGAAUAACGCACCAGGAGCAUCCAUCUGCUCAGUGACUGCAAUGGAUCCAGAUUCUGGCCAGAACGCGUACCUGUCCUACUCUAUACUAGAAGGGAACAUACAGGGAAUGCCCGUGUCCACAUACGUGUCCAUAAACUCCGACAAUGGAAACAUUUACGCGCUGCGAUCCUUCGACCACGAGCAACUUAAAAACUUUCAAGUCACAGUUCAAGCUCAAGACGCGGGCUUUCCGCCUCUAAACAGCAACGUGUCGGUCAAUAUCUUCAUCCUGGACCAGAACGACAACGCACCUGUGAUCGUGUCACCUGUCCCGCAAAACGGCACGACGCCCAGCGAGGCAGUGCCCAGAUCAGUGGACGCCGGUUACCUCGUCACUAAAAUCAGCGCGGUGGACGCGGACGCAGGUCAAAACUCGCGUCUUUUCUACCAAAUGCUCCAAGCAACGGACCCGAGCUUGUUCAGCAUCGCUCUGUACACGGGCGAAAUCAGGACGAUCCGUCAGUUAGUGGAAAAGGAGCCCACGAGGCACAGACUGGUCAUUCUGGUGAAGGACAAUGGUCAGCCGCCCCUCUCGGCCACAGUUUCCAUCAUUCUGUCAGUGGUUGACAGCCUGCCAGAUUCGCAGCCCGAUUUGGGUGACCUGUCACUAAGCCCACAUCACAGCUCCAACUUCGCCCUGUACUUAAUCGUGUCUCUGGGCGCAAUCUCCUUCACAUUUCUGGUGGCUAUCAUCGUCCUCGUUGCAGUGAGGAGACUGAAGGGCAGACCGUCCAAUAAAGAGUCCAGCUUCCCCUCCAUCCCCUGCUGUUGCUGCUGCUGCUCUCGCUCGGAGAUGUCCACCACCACGGAGGUGUUCAAGAAGUCCAACUUAAACGUCCGCAUGUCCUCCGGCGCGUCCGGCUGCGCGGAGCCAAACGGCAACGGCGCCAUGCCUCAAGUCUACUGCUACAAAAUGUGCCUGACGCCGGAGUCAUCCAAGAGCGACUUCAUGUUCCUGAAGCCGUGCAGCCCGGUUUUGUCUGUUCAACAGAAUAACGCCAAGAGCACAGAUUACCUGACUUCUGGCUGGAGCGCACUGGACCGUAAUGAGCUGUCCAGCACCAGAGCAGCGACUCCUAACGAGCUCAAGUAUUCCAACAAGGACUGGACGUGGACCAAAAACCAGCGCAACUCGGCGUACAAGAGGUAUAGUUCAGCAAAUAUGGAGGGCACGCUUCCCCGGCAACAGAAAUAUGAUACUGAUGGGUUUUCCUGCUCCGUGGCACCGCAAUACUGGACCUGGGGGAACCAUAUGAAUGACUGCAAGAUGUCUCUUCAAGAGGGGGCUGCUCCAAACUACUCAUGGACUCCGAAGUACACCCAGCCGCAAUCCGAACCGCCAGACUACCAGCACAACGUGUACAUUCCCGGCACCACGUCCGGCUACAGCACCCUGAAGCUGGCGCCGAACCGAGGAGAGCUGGACGUGUACAACACCUUCUCCACCUUUGGCAAGAAGAAGAGGUUCAUCUCCAACUACGAACAAUCUUUUGAUAAAGAUGACGGUAUCAUAAGCAAUUCUAUCUUUAAAUAA